GGACGGGCCGCCUUGGCGGGGCGGGGCGGGGCCGGCGCCCUCCUACCCUCCUACCCCCGGACUCCAACCCGGAACUGGCCUCGGCUCUGGCUCCCUUGGGAAGGCCGCCGCGCCUUGUCAGGAGUAGGAGCCUGGGCUCUUAAGAGCGGGCCCCGGGAGCCAAGCCUCGGACUGAGGACCGCCUUCGUGCUCAGGGCACCCAGACCAGGUGUGCCCUCGGCCGGGAGGUUGCACAUCUGGAAAGUACAGGGGGCCCCCACCUCGGCUAGACCAUGGCACCCUCGCGGAAUGUGGUGAAGAUCGCCGUCCAGAUGCGUGAGGCCAUCCCGCAGCUCAUCCAGCUGGACCAGGCGAAACCCCUGGCCGCCGUGCUGAAGGAGGUGUGCGAGGCGUGGAACCUGCCUCACUCUGAGCGCUAUGCCCUGCAAUUUGCUGAUGGGCACGGGAGAUACAUCACUGAGAACAACCGCAUGGAGAUCAAGAAUGGCAGUAUCCUAUGCCUCAGCACAGCCCCAGACCUUGAGGCUGAGCGGCUUUUAGGUGGCCUGCAGAGUGAGAGUCCUGAAGGGCGCCGGGAAGCCCUGCGGCAUCUCGUCGUGCUGGCCCCAGACAUGACCUUUGCCCGGGAGGUCAUCAGCCGUGAUGGGCUUCAGAGAAUAGGCACCAUCAUUGAGGAUGGGGAUGACCUAGGGGAGUUGCUAGCCCUUGCACUGAGGGCCUUCUUGGAACUCAUGGAGCAUGGCGUGGUGUCCUGGGAGACGCUCAGCAUCCCCUUUGUUAGGAAGGUGGUGUGCUAUGUGAACAUGAACCUGAUGGAUGCAUCUGUGCAGCCCCUGGCCCUGGGGUUGCUAGAGAGUGUCACCUUGAGCAGCCCUGCCCUGGGCCAGCUGGUCAAGAGUGAGGUGCCACUGGAUAGGCUGCUGGUGCACCUACAGGUGAUGAACCAGCAGCUGCAAACCAAGGCCAUGGCACUGCUGACAGCUUUGCUGCAGGGAGCCAGCCCUGCUGAACGUAAGCACAUGCUCGACUACCUGUGGCAGAGAAACCUUCGCCAGUUCAUCUACAAGAACAUCAUCCACAGCGCAACGCCACUGGGCGACGAGAUGGCUCACCACCUGUACGUACUGCAGGCCCUUACACUGGGGCUGCUGGAGCCGCGCAUGCGGACGCCACUGGACCCCUACAGCCAGGAGCAGCGGGAGCAGCUGCAGGCCUUGCGCCAGGCUGCCUUUGAGCCGGAGGGGGAGUCCCUGGUCGGGCUGAGUGCUGAUCGUCGCCGUUCCCUCUGUGCCCGCGAGUUCCGCAAACUGGGCUUCUCAAACAGCAACCCCGCGCAGGACCUGGAGCGGGUGCCCCCUGGCCUGCUGGCCCUGGACAACAUGCUCUACUUCUCCAGACACGCACCCAGUGCCUACAGCCGGUUUGUGCUGGAGAACAGCAGCCGUGAGGACAAGCACGAGUGUCCCUUUGCUCGGAGCAGCAUCCAGUUGACGGUGCUGCUGUGUGAGCUGCUCCGCGUUGGGGAGCCCUGCUCCGAAACAGCCCAGGACUUUUCACCUAUGUUCUUCGGCCAAGACCAGAGCUUCCAUGAGCUCUUCUGUGUGAGCAUCCAGCUGCUGAAUAAGACCUGGAAGGAGAUGCGGGCCACUCAGGAGGACUUUGACAAGGUCAUGCAGGUGGUGCGGGAACAGCUGGCCCGCACCCUGGCCCUGAAGCCCAGCUCCCUGGAGCUCUUCCGAACCAAGGUGAAUGCCCUCACCUACGGGGAGGUGCUGCGGCUGCGGCAGACGGAGCGGCUGCACCAGGAAGGCACGCUGGCCCCUCCCAUUCUGGAGCUGCGGGAGAAGCUGAAGCCAGAGCUCAUGGGCCUGAUCCGCCAACAGCGUUUGCUCCGCCUCUGCGAGGGGACCCUCUUCCGCAAGAUCAGCAGCCGGAGGCGCCAGGACAAGCUGUGGUUCUGCUGCCUGUCCCCCAACCACAAGGUGCUGCAGUACGGGGAUGUGGAGGAGGGUGCCGGCCCACCCGCUGCCGAGAGCCUGCCCGAGCAGCUCCCUGUGGCCGACAUCAGGGCACUACUGACAGGCAAAGACUGCCCCCACGUCCGGGAGAAGGGCUCGGGGAAGCAGAACAAGGACGUCUGUGAGUUAGCUUUCUCGGUCAGCUAUGACCAUGGGGAGGAAGAGGCCUACCUCAAUUUCGUCGCCCCAUCCAAACGGGAGUUCCACUUGUGGACAGACGGGCUGAGCGCCCUGCUGGGCAGUCCCAUGGGCAGUGAGCAGACACGGCUGGACCUGGAGCAGCUGCUGACCAUGGAGACCAAGUUGCGGUUGUUGGAGCUGGAGAACGUGCCCAUCCCUGAGCAGCCACCCCCCAUCCCCCCGCCCCCCACCAACUUCAACUUCUGCUAUGACUGCAGCAUCGCUGAACCUUGACAGUAAGGUUGGCCAAGAGUCACAAAAGGUGGAGGGAGAGAAGCACAGGCUUCCUGACCAGCAGAGGCUGCCGCAGAAAUAAAGUCUGCUUGGCUCUUGGA